AGCUCCUGGAAUUUGUGCAGUAGAACGACGUGAGGGAAGGCUUCCGCGUAUCCGGGGACUUGUCGCCCUUCGCCUGGUUGAGAGUAAGUCUAGCAUACAACGGUGGUUUGAGCAACGAAGAUUGGCUUACGUUGGCUGAGAUACGCGUGAGUGUUGAAGCCGUUCGCGACCGUUGCGAAGCUCUCGGAAGGAAACGAGCUGACGAUGGCGAGCGCCUUUCGUGCGCUUUAUCCCCUGCUCAACCGCUUGAAGGGCGACUUUGUUCGCUUUAGCGCUGGCCAGACAGUAGAGAAGGGCGUUAAUAUUACGGUAGUUAACAACAACGGCUUGAUACCCGUCUACUCUAUAGCUAUUAAUGGCUACCUUAAUACGGUUAAGUUUCUAGUUAACAAUGGUGUAGAUAUUACAGUAGCUAAUAACAACAGCUAGAUACCCGUUAUCGCUACUUUUUCUAAAGGCUAUCUUAAAGUGGUGGAGUUCCUA